UAUUUUUGCCGGACAAUGGAGCUUUCUUCGUGGGUUAUGUCAUAACCGCCUUAUUUAUUGGUUGUGUCUUUGAAUUGAUACGAAUACCAGAUGCUCUUUUCUUAAUUUAUCAGUCAUUCGUUUCCAAGUCAGAAGCUGAAAAUGUGACUCUUAGAAAAGAUUUGAUAAUAGAAUUCGCCUACGGGAUCCAGUAUUCGAGAAUACUGCUCAUUUUCACUUUAGUUUCAUUCUUUAGCUUCUCAUGUCCAGUGAUAACACCUUUCGGUUUGAUGUACUUUAUUGUGAAAUAUAUCGUGGAUCGCUACAAUAUAUUCUUUGUGUGCUCUCCUUCUCGAGUCAGCUACACUGUACACGGUCUGGCUGUGAAAUUAGCUCUGUUUGCUCUAAUACUGAUGAAUGCAAGUCUGCAUAUUCUACUUAGCAUAAGGGGAGACUGGAGACCACUUACAUCCGUUAGCAGCACUAUUAUGUGGCUUUUUAUAUUCAUUUGUCUCAUAGGCAUUAAUCCUCUCGAAUGGAAACUCCUUCCUCGACGUUUCAUGUUGCCACAUGUACAUAUGUUGUUGAUACUUUGUUUAAUUUGGACUUUGAAAGCCUGGAGGACAGCAUCACAAGAGGAUGCAGUUAACACGAAAGGCUUUGAAGCUAUAUUGCAAGACGCAGUACUGGAUGUCUAUUCUCAACACAUGGACGAAAUGUCUCAUAUUUUCCAGCCUCCAGAAUUUUCCAUGCCAUCAGACUUUAUGCGCUCUUUUCUCCCAGGCAGUGGUAUCGGAAAUAGAGAAGAACUCAUUAUCGAAAGCAUUAAACCACUACCAGUGUUUGACGAUAUGACUUCUACCCAGUGGCGCUACAAGAGAUUCAAUAACACCGACUACAUCCUGGCUGUCUCACAAAAGACUGUUUUACUCAGUCAAAUUGAUUCGAGCAUCGAAAAUUAUUUCGUGUUGUCAAAAGACAAAGCUGUUCUAAAUUUUGUCGCAGACCAUUGGAGUAUUGUAAUAGAUGUUGCAAUAUACAUUCGUAUGGAAAAUAAUUUAGAAGUUCUUUAUGUGGCGAUCCUGACUCAAAAUACACAGACUAGUUUCGUCUACGUUUAUGAAGUCAUGGGGGACAGCAGCUUCCGGGUCAGUCUCUUUCCUUUGGGUAUCGGUCCAGCAGUCAGCGAAUACAGCGCCAGAAAGCUGGCAUUUGUUCAGUCUGAUUCUAGUGGUUCUUUGUUGGUACUUAUCAGCACUCCUGAUGUCUCAAAGUGGGUAUAUCAACAGAGAGGCAGGAGUGGUAUGAAUCACUACAUCGAAGUUUAUUAUCCAUCUGCAAUAGAUCUCGUCACAUUCACAGUUCACGGUCAUGGUUAUGUCGCUGUUACAAAUUACACAACCUGCGAAAUAUUCAAAUUGGAUAGAUUUGUUAAAAGCCAUAUGCUUUUCGACAGAUUGGUAUCGGUCUCCACUAAUCCUCUGUUGGACGUAGAAUACUUCCGGCUAGGAUUCAAUCAUUAUCUAGCAUUAGUAGGAACAGAAAAGCAAUACCUGUAUAUUUGGAAGAGUGCAGAGUUCUCCCUGAAGCAGGAAUUUAAUGUUCCUAGUGCUCAGCAACUCUAUGCAGCUAUCUUGCCUACCUGUCGAGAUGAUGUCGUAUUAUUUGUGGUUACAAACUCUGUCGCAGAGAUCCUGGUAUUCAGCGGCAAGAGCGAAAGCUUUGUUAAACCUAAUGCAGUCAUACCAUCGACCUUCAACAUCAUGGCCGGGUCUGUCACAUCUUUUGCCUACAAACACAAAAUUAUAGUUUUGUUCCGGAACUCUGGAGGAUUGCUUCAAGUUUUCGCCAUUGAAACCAGCUUGGAAUCUAUUCGGGAUCCAUAUCUAGCAGCGGGAGACAAGGUUUCUCGGCAGAUGAAGGCUAUACAGAAAACUUUGAAAGAUCAGGCUUCUCAAAUUCAAAAUAUACAGAAGGUUCUGAAAAACGCAGUUCGAUCUGAAGGGGAUCAGACAAUUACAGCCUACCAAACCUUUGAGGACUUGUCUGUUACUGGUGGUACUGUGGUUAAAAAUGUGUUAGCUAACGUAAAAAUCGAAUGGGAAAAUUCGGAUCUGACUUUAGAAGAAUACAAGCGAGGCACUAUGGAACUGGAGAAAGCUGUCGAAGAACUAGAGAAAUGGGUAGAAGAAAUGGAUCAAAUAAUACCAGAUGUUGUACGAAUAGACGAAGAUAGCGUUAUUAGUGGCACGAAGGUCUUCACUGGAGAUGUUUCUGGUACAUCGAUCGCCGCUGUUUCUUUGAAUCUAGACACAGUCAAUGGAAUUGACUUACCGAGGCUUCAGAAAAGCCUUUACAGAUUGGACAAACCUCAAAUGAUUGAAGGUAUUCUGGUCUUUCCCAAACCUUUAGUCGUAACUGGUGAUUUGAUCGUUGAAGGAAAAGUGAAUGGCCUUGAUUUUAGUGAAGAUAUCAUGACCACGAACACGGUGCAAACUUCUCAUGCUACCAUGGUCUUUGAAAAUAAACUGAUCGUCAGAGGAAACCUUGAUGUAACCGGAAAAAUAAAUGACAUCGACUUCGGUAACGAAGUAGUGACUUUGGCCGGAAAUCAUGAAAUAACUGGAAAGAAGACAUUCCUCAACGGAAUAAUUGCAGAUAAUGUUGAAACAAAGGUAUUGGAUGGUGUUGAUAUCGACGAUCUGUAUAACCGGGCUUUCACUAAGAGUGGAAAACAAACAGUUCCAGGAACAAUGACGUUUAAUGGAGGCCUGCAGACUAACAAUAUAAUACUCCAUGGUUUCCUCAAUGGUUACAAUGUUUCUGAAUUGGCAGAGAGCAUUGUGAGGAUAGACAAGCCAGCAAUCAUUACAGGGCAUAAAACGUUCUUGGAUGAUGUAACUAUUCUUGGUGCUCUAACAGUGCAUGGUACGGUCAACGGUCUGAAAAUACCUGAAGAUCUUUUUCUUACAGAUAUCGAACAAGACGUACAAGGAACCAAGGAAUUCCGUGGUACGGUGACAGCAUAUGAUGUGUCAGUUACAGGCACAGUCGAUGGACUUAAAAUUCCUGAUGAUAUUGUCACAUUAUCUAAGGAUGAAGAGAUAUAUGGAACAGUGUUCUUCGAAAAAGGUAUCCAUGUAAAAAGAGAUAUUAUCGUGGAAGGCUUGGUAGACGACGUUGACAUAUCUGAACUCGCCAAAAUGGCGCUAAAGCUAAACGAAACUAGCACGUUCGAAAACGCAAUUUUCCAUGGCCCUGUCACAGUCACCGGAGAUGUAAAAGUUGGUGGUACGGUAAACAAUGUAAAUCUAAAAGAGCUGGUGAAAGACAUAGUGUUUAAGGAAGAUUUACCUAUUGUCAUUAAUGCUCCUAAACACUUUAAAAAAGUGCAUGCUAAUAAAGUGAACUUGGAGGGUAUGAUCAAUGGGUUCAAUAUCACGGUGGAUUUUAUGAGAGUUCGUGGUGAACAGACUAUUAACGGUACAACAAUUUUUAAACAGCCUGUCACCUUUAACUCUAUAUCUAUUGCAAAUGGCAUGAUAAACGAUUUUCGUCUCUCGGAUCUCUAUCAAAAUCGUCUGACGUUAAUUAUCGAAGACCAAAUUGUUGAUGACAUAGAAUUUUCUGACCAUAUAAUAGUUACAGGAGAUUUAACAGUAGCUGGAACGAUCAAUGGUCUUAGCAUUCCUGAAGAUGUAGUCCUAAUGAAUUCUUUUCAGCCGAUAUCCAACAAACAUUUCCUUGGUACUGUGACUGUGGAUAAUCUGAUCAUACAGGGAGACGCAGAGGUAUCUGGACUCUUCGGUGGAAUCAAUUUGACACAAUUCUACAAUGAAAGGUUAACAUUAUCUGGAGACCAGGAAAUUGAAGGCGAUAUUUCUAUCAUUAACAGUACGGUAGAAAACUUGGAGAUUUCUGGAUUGAUAAAUGGAAUAAAUAUACAAGAAUUCGCCAGAAAUGUAAUGUCCAAAACCAAGGACCAGAUAAUAACAGCUUCCAAGGAGUUUUCAGGUCAAACAAUCGUUUACGGUCCCAUCACUACUAAAGAAGGAAUAAACGGUGUAAAUCUAAAAGAAUUGGAUGAAAGGGCUGUCAGCAUUUUUGGCGACAAUAUCAUAACUGCUCCAUUAGAAUUCGGUGACGUGACUGUUGGUAAUAUGUGGGUAUCUGGAAAGAUCAACGGAAUUAAUCUGACUCGCUUAGAUCAAGACAGUCUUAAAAAAAGUGGGCUUCAGCACGUAACCGGAGUGAAUAUCUUCAAAUCGGGAUUUCACGUUGAAGGUGAUAUCAACGCCGAUACUGUUAAUGGCAUCAUUAUCGGAAGAGAUUUGCUUUUGAAGACUCCUCCUCAAACCAUAACAGGAAUGUAUACUGUAGGCAGUGUUGGCAUAGCUGGCGACUUAAUAGUAAGUGGAGUCAUCAAUGGCUUAGAUCUUUCAGAGGUUGCUCCAAAUUUAGCCAGAACUGAUCAAGAGACAGUCAUCGAAUCAAAUAUAACAUUCGUCGGCCCAAUUCGAGUUUUCCAGAACUUGGAUGUCAAAGGUCUAGUUAAUGGAAUCGACCUUGAACAAAUCUACAAGGAAGUUCUUCUCAAAACAGGCGAUCAGGUGAUUGAAGGACCCAAAGUGAUCCGUGGCAAUGUGACGAUCUCUGGAGACAUGGAUCUUGGGUUUGUAAAUGGAAUUGAGUGGAAGAAAUUCUUGGACGAUAUUGUCAGAACAAAUAUCCCGCAGACGAUAAAAGCUCCAAAAACUUUCAAAUCCGAUGUGGCGGUAAUAGGGGAUGUCUUUGUUAAUGGCCUCGCUGAAGCUGGUUUGAUCAAUGGACGAGAUCUUAGGAAGUUCUUGGAAAACGCAGUUUUCAUCGAUACUCCUGCCAACAUUACAGGUUUAAAAAUUUUCAAAAGUGAUGUGGAAGUGACUGGAGAUAUGGAUGCUGACUUAAUCAAUGGCCUAAGACUGAAAACUGAUGUUAUAACACUUAGGUGCACUGGAGAUGGUCCUCAAGUGAUCACAGGACAGAAAACAUUUGCAAAUGUGACUGCUUUUGGUGAUAUCUACGUCGAUGAAACUGUUAACACCUACAAGUUAAAAGAACUAUAUGACGAUACCUUAUUUAUCGAUGGAAAUCAGACAGUUUCAGGAGCUAAAACAUUACAAAGUGAAGUUAUUUUCAAGAAAGACUUCUAUCCGGACACUGUAAAUGGUCUGAUGUUGGAAAGAGAUUUAGUAACCUUACACACAGAUCAAGAAAUUUCGGGUCCUUUAACUUUCAAUAGUGAUGUAUUUGUCGAAAAGGAUGUGCACGUAGCUGGUUUAGUAAACGGAGUCAACUUAACCGAAUUAGCGCUUGAUGCUGUGUAUCUAGAGACUGAGCAAACAAUUGAAGGCUCUUACCAUCUUGAAAGAGCUGUUGUCCAUUCCGAUGUAGAUGUCAGGGGUACUGUUAAUGAUAUAGAUUUAAUUGCUUUUGAUCAAAAUGUAACUGAAUUCUGGAAGGAAGUGAGCACAUCGUUAGAAGUAAUACAAAGCCAUACUAAGGACAAUUGUGAACUCGCUAAUCAUCUGCAAGAAGCUCUAUCGAAAUCCUACUAUGCUUUGGAUAGUUUCUCCAUCCAUCAAGAGUUUACUGUUCCAGCGACCUACGUCUAUGUGAAGGACACUGAGGAAAUCCGUUUAGUGUAUCUGAAUGAAUUAGCAGGUAAUGCUUCCAUGAUUCACGCUUUCUGGGAUUCUUCUCUAGAGAGUUUCGUCACAACAGAUGUUCCAGUUUCUACCUCCAUAGCAAAGAGUUCUACCUAUAAAAUAGGAAAUCUGGAAAUAGAAAUACAGAUUGGAGUUUUAGAUGACGAUUCCAGAGUGCUAAUUAAUGGUCUUUCUAAUGAACUUCCAACUGGCUUCAAAGAUGCAUCUGUUUCAAAAUGGCGAAGCACUGAAGCAAUGAUUGCUGUUCUUUUUCCCAAGAAAGCUAUGUGUGAAGUCUACAAAGUUCUACCAUCUUCAGCAAAAUUUGUUGUAAUGCCUUAUGGUUCAGUAUCAGUUGGAAAAGAGGCAACUUCAGUUGAAAUAUUUGAGAUUGCAAAUUCCUUGUACUUGGCAAUCUCGAAUUUAUUUUCACCUCCGUAUACAAAAGGAUUUUCGAAAAUCUAUGGCAAGGAGGAAGGGGAGUGGCGUCGAAUUCAAAACAUAGCUAUUGCUGCCAGUACUCACGUGAAGCACUUUCUGCACAGAAAUUUCCAUUACUUAGCAUUCACAAAUAUUGCUUCUGUUUAUGAAACAAGGGAAUCCAAAUCUGUACAGGUUUAUCGUAAUUCGGGAACCAAUGAAAUGCUUUUCAGUUUGUUUGAGAAAAUUCCUUUCGACGAUGCACAAGGUCUGGAAAUCUUCGAAUUUGGAAGUUUAUCGGAUCUUUUCUUGGCCACCUGGAAUGAGACUAUAAUUCAGAUAUUUAACCUAAGAGGAGAAUCUGGAUUUAAAGCUAGCGUUACUUUGCAUGGUAAUUGCAUAAAGGAUGUCAAGUCAUUGCUGAUUGACCAAAAUGUUUACUUGGUUGCUGGACAGCAGAAUCUGCAGGCUAAUAAUCAGGUUCAUGCAGUGCUUUACAGAGGAUUAACACAAGGUUCCUUAUAUUCACCACGUAAUCUAACGUGUGUCUGAUAUUAUCAACGGCUGCAUCAUUUUUAAACUCACGAAAAUAAAUUUCCAUUUGUUUUAAGGACAAUUCAUGAAGCUGUCGCUUCUUUUUCUGUUAUACUAACUUGUUAUCACUUGGCAAUUGUUAGAUUAAAUCUUGUUUAAAUCUGUUAUCUGUUACUAUAUUUUAAUAAAGUGAAUUGCGUUUUA